AUGGAUAAUUUAGCGGAACAGUGUGAGGAACUUGAAGCUUUGAAAUCUAUUUACGAUGAUAACUGGCGGCUGGAGACGGACACGAAUUGUUAUAGCAUUCAAAUUAAUCCCAACGUUAAAUUAUUCAUAACUUUGAAUGAUGAUUAUCCGUCAAGCAAGCCCCCAAGUUUUGAGUUAUUGGCUCCUACAUUAACGUCAGAGCAGAAGCAGCUAAUUUCCGAUGAAUUUGGUAACAUUUACGAAAGUAGCCAGGGAAGCCCUAUUCUGUUUCAGUGGAUUGAAAAGUUAAAGGAAAUUGUGGACGAGUGUUCAGAAGUUUUAAGUGCUCCACAGCCAGAAGUUUUAAAUGGCGAAGUUGAAGAGAAACAAGUCAGGAAGGAAACUUUUUUACAAGUGAUACAUGGGGAUAUUAUACAAGACAGAAAAAGUGUUUUUCAGGGUCACAUGGCUCGGGUUCACUCAUUAGAAGAGACAAGAGAAUUUAUGAAUUUUUUACUUGAUAAUAAAAAAAUUGCUCAAGCAACUCAUAACAUCUCAGCUUAUAGAAUUUUGACUUCUCAGGGAACCAUUCUCCAAGACUGCGAUGACGAUGGUGAAACGCACGCCGGAGGGCGUGUUUUACAUUUAUUACAAAUUUUGAAUGUAACCAAUGUGAUGGUGGUUGUUUCUAGAUGGUAUGGGGGCAUCCAGCUGGGUCCUGACAGAUUCAAGCAUAUAAAUAAUGCGGCAAGACAAGUUUUAGUCCAAGGAGGUGUUUUACCAUCAUGAUUUUUAUUGUUAACAAGUUACUACAAUACAGAAAUAAAUUCAUUGCUCGUUUAA